CGUAUAUCUUUGUAGACUCUACAGGCCUGAAAAUGGCGGCCAAAAGUGUAAUUUGUUGUGUAAUAACCAUUUUGAUAGUUAAUGCCAACACAGUCUUUUCAGUGGAUUUGCCUGAAUCGUUGGGGCGUUAUCAAAAAGCAAUUUUAUCGAAAAACCCAUCAGAAGAAUUAAAUAAUAUAAUCAAUCAAGAUCUGUCUCGCACGAGUGUUCAUUCAUAUGUGAAAAGUUUAAUUCCACACUCUAUAGAAAAUCUACGGCAAGCAUAUGCUAGUGAAGACCUACUAGAAAUUCUCGUCAGAAAAUACACUGAAGAUCAAAGAGUAAAAGAGGCCGCUUCUAAUAAUGAUAUCCAAUCUGUUUUAGAUGUGCUUAACUCUGAAAUAGGAGGAGUAGUUUUAGUUAUAUCAAAUAGUUCAAUAGUGGUUGACGUUGAUGCUUUAGCAGAAGUAUUUCGUACCUAUACAAAAACUUACAUAAACCAGCUGUAUCCUGGAAAUUUUUAUUUACAAAUUGUUGCCAAUACUGUCGUUGACGAGCAAAUUAAAGUACUCAUUGCAGAUUUAAAAUCUCUUCUAGUAAACAAGGGAAUACCGGUGAAUUUGGUCGGGGAAAUAAUUUCACUCAUAAGCAACUCUGGUAGAGCAAAACGUGAUUUGGUUAUUGACCUCAUAUUGUCAAUGCUUCGUCCCCAAAUCGCUGUUUUUCUGACUCCCAUUCAGACUGAAUUUAACACCAUAGUAAAUGAGAUUCUGACCGUAAUAUUAAGUUUUUAUUCGGCUAGUGCACAAAGCAAUCCGAUUUUCGAUAUUAUCGCAAAUUUUGUAAAUGUGGUUGUUCUUCGAGUCGCUGAGGUUAUAGUGGUCAUUCAGACAGAUGUAAACAACCUUUUCGAUAAUAUAAUCAAUGGCACCAUUGUUACUACGUCUAGGAAAAGAAGGGACGUCGAUUUAGAGUUUGAAAAUUUUUAUAAUUUGGAGAGUGUUGCUUUGCAAAUACCCCACAGGCGUGUUACCAGAGAUAUUAUUUCCGACAUCUUCACAUUAGUCACUGAUCCAAUUUCAUUAAUUUUUAACACCCUAGUCUCGCCCAUAACCAACAUUCUUAACAUAGUUAUUAAGAACGUUUUUAUUUUUAUAUUGUCAAGCCAGUAUGAAACAAUUGGUAGCCUUGUUACUUUACCGCUGAGACUUAUCGUUAAUACUGUGAUUGAUACGAUAUUGUCUUGCACUGACUGCAUAUCUAUUGUGUAAUAAAAAAGCUACAUUUAUCAAGGUAAAAUAUACUCAACAUAUAAUUUAUUGAAAAACGAAAUAUUUGUAUGUUCUGUUCAUGUUAUUUAUUACAAAUAUGUAAAAAUUUGUUGGAAAAUAAUAAACGAUUAGCUUUAAAA